GCCGCGGCAGCGACCUCUUGCGCCAGCCCCACAGUCCUCCCUCCAGUUUACGUCCGGUGACCACGCUGACGGACUCCGCCGUUUCUUACACUGCCAUCCAAUUGUUAUCCAAAAUCGUUCCUGGGCCGGGCGCCUCCAGAGAACUCGGACGCGAUCUUUAACGCUAAACUACCACGCAUUUAUACAAUUUAUUAUACAUUACAAAUUCUAAAGUGAAAACAUACCUUAAAAUAGUCAAGCGCUUAAUCGAUCGACCGCAUUGAAAAGUAAAACUGUUAUUAUCGUUUUGCAGACGAGCUUUGCGGUUUUUGUUGCACUGCGAUAGGCGUUUAAUGCUUUAUUUACACACAUUGAGAUGUGUGACCGAAUCUAAGAAAUAAACCAGUGCGUCGUCCCGUGCUUAGUUGACUCAGUGGAAGCUCAGGCUGUGUUCAGUGCGUCAAAGCUCGAGAGCGUUUCGUUGUCGUUUCUUUACUUGCGCGCUUAAGCGAUUAUUUUUCCGUUUGUUUAAUCUUUAUUUUGAUUUGCUUUAAUUGUGAAAAACGCGAUCCAUGCUUGGAGUUAUGACUACCAUGAACAAAAAAACUUGAAAGCGUAUAAAAUCAGUUCAGUUUCACUGUUCUGGUCAUUAAGCAUUCGGGAUUUAAUAUCCUCUAGAAACCAAAGAACACUUAAUUUGUGAGUACUUGGAGAGACGAGUCACGCAUCUAUGCAAAACUCGGCAAUCGCUUUACUGGAGUCGGCCACGGCAUUCGAGAGGGCGGUGCUGGAAUGUGAGCACCUGGAGGCGUCCGAGUUCGGGGGGUUCCGGUGAGAGCGUUGGCGCGGCAGCGGUAUGGAAGAGCGCGGGCCCCCCGACAUGCCGCUGAUCGUGACGCCGCCGGGCGCGGGCGCCGGCGCCGCGCUCACCACCUCGCGGCGCACCGCAUCCGCGCGCGGCUCUCGCGACGACCAGCUGCCCUCCGCUUGGCGCUCCUCAGUCCGUGUGCGCGACACCGGUUUCCGCGGCUCGCGCAAGAGCGUCGUACGCCUCGAACCACCCUGUAAUGGUCUCAACGGGCUACCCACUAUCGGCAAGGAGGUACUGUCACUGGGUACGGCGGCCGGCCACAAGGGGACUACUCAGCCUUCUCCCCCCUGUACUAUCCUUCACCAUUCUCCUUAUAAGGCCGCUUGGGAUUGGUUGAUCCUAAUAUUGGUCAUCUACACUGCAAUAUUUACUCCAUACGUGGCCGCGUUUCAACUUAAUGAGCCUGACUUCGAUAAACGCUCGCGAAGCUUUGGCGAGGAUCCUAUUGUCAUUAUUGAUAUGAUUGUGGACGUGACCUUCAUAAUCGACAUUUUGAUAAAUUUUCGCACUACGUAUGUGAACGUGGCCGACGAAGUGGAGUCUGACCCGGCCAAGAUCGCCAUGCACUACCUGCGCGGCUGGUUUCUCAUCGACCUGGUGGCUGCCAUCCCCUUCGACCUGCUGCUCUUUGGCACGGACACCGACGAAACGACGACGCUCAUCGGUCUGCUGAAGACAGCGCGCCUGCUUCGGCUAGUGAGGGUGGCGCGCAAAAUUGACCGGUACUCCGAAUAUGGCACUGCCGUCCUUCUCCUGCUUAUGGCCACUUUUGUGCUCAUUGCGCACUGGCUAGCAUGUUUGUGGUAUGCUAUAGGCAGCUGGGAGCGUCCUCAGCUUCACGCUCCUAUUGGCUGGCUGGAUGCUCUCGCUAACGAUGUCCAAGCGACUUACGACAAUUCUACUGGCCCCUCUAUGAGAUCUCGAUACAUCACCGCUCUGUACUUCACUUGUACAUCUUUGACGAGUGUCGGUUUUGGGAACGUCGCUCCAAACACCGACAUGGAAAAGGGCUUCACAAUAUUCGUGAUGCUGGUUGGAUCUCUCAUGUACGCCAGCAUAUUUGGAAACGUAUCGGCGAUUAUACAGCGACUGUAUUCAGGGACUGCUAGAUACCAUACACAGAUAUUAAGAGUGAGAGAAUUCAUUCGAUUUCAUCAGAUUGCGAAUCCACUGCGACAGAGGUUAGAAGAGUAUUUCCAACACGCAUGGAGCUACACGAAUGGCAUCGAUACCUCGAGCCUGUUAAAAGGAUUCCCGGAGUGCCUUCAAGCAGACAUAUGCUUGCACCUUAAUCGCAAUCUACUCGCCAAUUGUUCCGCUUUUGACGGUGCUAGCCCCGGUUGUCUAAGAGCACUGUCCCUGAGGUUUAAAACUACGCACGCACCACCGGGCGAAACAUUAGUUCAUCGGGGUGACGUCCUCACCUCUCUUUAUUUCAUUUCAAGAGGAUCUAUAGAAAUUUUAAAAGAUGACAUCGUUAUGGCUAUUUUAGGCAAGGACGAUAUCUUCGGUGAGAACCCAUGCGUGUACCCGACCGUCGGGCGCAGCAACUGCCGCGUGCGCGCGCUCACCUACUGCGACCUGCACCGGGUGCACCGCGACGACCUGCUCGACGUGCUCGACUUCUACCCGGAGUUCCGCGCUUCCUUCGUCACCAAUCUCGAUAUAUCCUACAUCAUGCGUGACGAGGAGCUGGGUGGCAUCGAGCCUCGACGGCGCAUGCGCUACGAGAACCCGUGCGAUGCGCGUCUGCUGCGCGAGGCAUACGCGCGCACCACUCGGCGCCCGCACACAGAGACUUUCGCCGAAAAGGUGGACUCGCAGUGCAGUGACGACGACACGGAGUCCCCGCCGAGCCGGGGCAUCCUGGAGUUCUCGGCGGAGAAGGCGGGCCAGGACGUCACCCCGCUCAACUUCAACUUCUCCAAGCAGCGCUCCACCACGCUCAACUCCAUCACGGGCAUGCUAGCGCAACUUAAACGGAGCUUCCCAGACCUGUACCACCAUAAAACACAUCAGCCGCUGCACAACAAGUACUCCCAAUCUACGCCGCAAACUUAUAGAAGUAGAGCAGGUGUCAGGCGGCAAUCGUCAGUGGGGCCACUGAACGACACCUCGCCGCUGACUGGCGGGGCGGGAGCGGGGACGGGCGCGGGGGAGGCGGCGGUGAGCACGCCCGCGCAUAGCGCCACGCUGCCCGUCUCCAGCCUCAGCACCAACCCCAGCUCCUACUACACGAAUGCGUCUCCCAGCCCGCCUGCCGUGCCCGCGCCGCCUGCGCCCGUCCACAUCUCCUGCGACGACAUCCUCACGCCGGCGGCGCCACCGCCCACUGCACCCACGCCCUCUUCUAGAUCUGCGCCUCAUUCCGCCCUUAACCUGCAUCAAGCCGGGCGUCCUACAGCGCUCAUCUUCACAGCCGAACGCCAAAACGCCUCUUUACAGGAUAGUAUUUCACCUCAAUAUCAGAACGUGGGGACCGCGGCCACGGCCGCGUCGGUAGCGACGGUUCUGACGAGACUAGAUGAGCUGAGCCGUCGAGUGGCCACACUGGAAAGCGGUCUUACCGCUGACGUGCGUCGGAUUCUGCACCUUUUGCAGACACGAGACCAGGCGCCGCAUCAGAACUCUCAACCGGUGCACACUCCAUCGCAACCGAUUCAAAAGACCUCAUUGUCCGUGCCACAUGAUAAUCAAUGGGAUUGGAAUUGGAACGGUGACCGCGAGAAGGGUAGCUUACGGUGCGGUCGCGGUGAGCGCGGCGGGCGAACAGAACGCGAGCGCACGCCGGUAGUGCAGCGGUCGGCGUCUGAGCCGCAUGCGCCCGUGCCGCCGGUGCUGCCGCCACCCCCGCACUCGCACUCCUUCUAUAGGUAGUGGGAGGCAGGCGAGACGAGCGCUUCCCGCUGCCGGCGCUCGACGCGCUCGCUCGCCGAGUCCGCGUCGUGCGGCUCGCUGGCCGGCGCGCCCGCGCCCCCGCUGCCGCGCGCCCGCUUCCACUUCUGCAGGCGCAUCAUGCGCGCGCGCCAUGAUGACGCUCGCGGCUUCCUCUGAAGCCGUUCCGGCCCCCACCAUGGACCAAUUUUGUACUUCCAUUACAACUAAAUAAACACGUCCUCGCACCGUGCGAGCGGGUGGAUACACUCGUACCAAGUCCAUUUGUAAUAAAGUCUAGUACUAAUAUAUCUCAAAAACCGAUUAGUACCUAAAUUAAAAAAAAUACAUGCAGUGACACGCUCUGUUGAUGGUAGGCACCUAAAAACUCACGGGCUGGAGCUAAUUGAGGAAGCAUCUUUGUUAUGUGAUGUAGCAGAAGUGUUACGAUUAGUGGUGAAUAAGGUAUUUAUAUAGUACCUAAAACUGAGUGCUUUAUGUUUUGUUGGUUUUUAAAUGGCUUAUAAGAAAGCUCUUUACACAAUAAAAUUAAGUGUGCAUACUUAAAUAAAAUGAAAUGACAUAUACAAUAGCACUUAUUGGACAGUAUUAUCCGUCGACAUGGUGACCAUUUAUGAGGCUUACUACCAGCAAAAAAUGUAAAAGUUUCAAAUUAUUUAAGGUUAGGUAAAUACAUGUAAUAAUUUUAGAUGUCAGCUGAUCAGAAUGAGGCUAAUAAGACUGAGAGACUACGUAACUACCGUGAACUUUUCCGGAAGCGAGGAACUAUAAACGCUUUCUACCCGUCCUUGCUUCUUGCCUUUACAUAUAGCUAGGUAAAGCCUUCUUCUCUAUGGUAAUACUUAUGUGCAAAUGAAGUUCAUUUCGCAUAUAACGUAUACUCGUAUUAACCAAAGAUGUCUUCAAAGAUGCUUACAUACUCUAACAAUAUGAUAUGAACAUAUUUUUUACUUCUAAACUCUAUAAUUUAAUGGCUAAUCUUAAAACCUCACCUCUGUGAAUCACGGUUAUCUGACCUACCUACCCGAUAAAAAUAGCAAACAAGUUACCAUACGAGUAUGUUCAUAGAAGUAGGUAUGUUAUGAUAACCCAGAGACUACAUACGUUUGAGUACAGACUCUAAGGCUCCGACGAAAUUUAAAUCAAAGUGCAUUACUUAUUUAAUUAUAAGGAACUAGAUAACCACCCUUCCGUUCGGCGGGAACUAGGCGCAGGCGCUCGCGCCCCUGCGGUGGCAGCUCAACAACACUUAUGUUCUAAUUUAACCUAGUUACGGGUACAUUAAGAAAUUGCCAAUAAUAUGUCAUAUAAGCAAUAAUAAAUCCAUCAUACUUUAAGGGUUCACUGUGAAUAUUACAAUCUUAUUUAACAUCUGUACCUAAUAAUUUAAUUUAAGAAAACAGCUAGAACUAUUGCUAUACUUACCUACAUACUAGGUACAAUGAUUACUUAGUUCUUACUACCUGUAUUGUAUUGUUACUAGUAACAUAAAUCUUCUAAGUGAUAUCAACAUCAGCUAUGUAGGCACUAAUAACAAAUAUAGACUACCCUUUUUAAUUAUAGAUAUACGCUGUACUAAAUAUUUUCAACCAGUAGGUAGGUACAGGAGGUGCAUUUUGAUUGUUAUAACAGGUUAUCAAUUUGAUUUGGAUUUGUUAGGGAUAUGAUCAGUAAUUGCAAAAGUGGCGAUUCUUGUUGAAGAUCAUCAGAAUACACCUCUUGGUAAUAAUAAGUUUCACAUCAGUCGAGCACGAGAGCUUUGUCAAAAAAGUGGGAGCAAAUCAAGGAAUUUGUGUUCUGGUCCUGCCAAUAUUUUUGUCGUUCAUAGAAAACUUCCAAAGCAUGGAAAAAUAAUUACAUAUUUUCGAAAGUUUAAGAUGAUAAGUUCACGGGAUUUCGUUUUCGGUUUUCGACUAUAACUACAAUAAAAUUAUCCUAACAUACAUACAUAAUAUUUAACCUUAGAGAUUCCGAUUGUUGACAUAAGAUCGGGUAUGAGACUACCCUAGUAAGUAUGCACGUAUAAAAUAAUACCUACCUACUUACUUGUUGUGUUCCUGUGGGAUGUUAAAAUUACUAUAUUUAUUCCUGUUCGAAUUUCAUUUAUUUUUGACAAUAUGUGCUCACAAUAUAAGCGGUAGCAAUCAGUUCAAAGAAACUGAAAUUAAUUAGACGGUGAUAAAUUUUUCUUGCAAAACAUUAAGUACAUCUGGUUUUUUGUUGGUACAUAGGUAUAUUAAUUGGUCUACGUAUAGGAUAAUUGGAUUAAAUAAAAUAUAGAGAGGAAGUACUUAUCAAAAAUAAAUGUGGAAUACAAGAAUGAAUUCCGCGUACCUUCCUACGUUAAAACUGUGAUGUUGCUGUCUGACUCGAGCCAGGGUCACCACCCGCUAGAUUAAAACAUAUCUUGAAUAUGAAUUUAUGAAUGCUAAGGGUGUAGUACGGUUGGAAGCGAAUCAGAAUGAUUCCUUAGUGUUUAAGUUGACAAUACUAAAUUUAAAAAUGUAUGUCUCCACAUUGGUUUUUACCUCCACUUAACAGUGAGUUAAAUUUGAAAGAUUUUAAAUAUGUAAAUUAUAAAAUAGGAAUAAUUAAAAAAAUAUAUUAGAGCUUUGCUACCCAUAAGCUUCAACAUUUCACCAAACAAAUAAAGCGAUGCCUACUGUUGCUUUAUUUAUGAAUAAUUAAAUAAUGUAUAUAGGUAGACAUUAUAGGUUCGUAAGUUUGUCAAUUGCCGUCUCGUCUGUCACUACCAUAGUUUUCUCUUUCAUUUGACUCAUCGUUAUAAAACAUUAAUAUGUAUAUUAUAAUUGCCAACUAAACAGUGAUACGUUGUAAAGUGUACCUAGUUGAUUAUCCAAAAAUGUAGCUAAUCACGUUAUAAAUAGCUUUACACUCUUA